CUCUAGUCCGGUUCUGUCACUUACUCUGGACACUCUGCAGUUCCUUUAUCUUGCUGCAACAAGUUCCACAGAUUCCGGAAGGACUGGCAUAUUUGUGCACCACUCUCGUCGAGCUCGAUCUUUCCUUGAACUCCCUCUCCGAGCUGGCUUUUUUCGGCGUAUUAGUACUGACAUUUAAUGGAUUCCGAAGUUGAAACUAUUGAGAGAAGAUUUACAUCUUUGUUUGGUCAACUCCAAGCAGAGUACGGCGUACUUGAAAGAAUGGUGUACAAGAACAAGAACCAGCAUAGGCGUUGUUCUUAUUUCAAGUAUCUUUUGAAGGUAGAGAGGGAUUUGCGGCUUCUACGAUCUGUGAACUUGGAGGACCUUGUCAUAUCGUGCCUCCUUGUUAUCAAAGGAGACAGACCUAAACAGAAGGCUCAUCUUUUAGAGAGUUUAAAAAGGAGAAAAUGCAACAGUGGAAAAUAUAAUUUUCUGGAGCGGAUUUUAGGAGCUGCACGCCUGCUGGCAGAGAUGGUUGAACCAGUGCUGAAGGCUGCAACUGAGGUAUCUAUUCUGUUUGCUCAGUCUUUUUUCAUGGGAUUUUCUCUAACAAUCAUGGCUAUCCUUGCGCGCCUCCGGGUUUUAAUUCAACAAAUGUUACUUGAUAUUGUCACAUUGUUCAACAUAGUUUCUUCUAUCUCUCAAAAGAAGCAGUCAAUAAAGAUAAAGCAGGAGGGAGUUGAGGUUUUUAGGGAAUACUUUCCAGUCAAUGAGGAUUUUGUCAGGUUAGAGUGUGUGUGGAAAUCAGAUAAGUUUGCACUUCUCGAGAAGAAAUGUAAGAAUGAAAAUGCAAGUAAAAGUGAAGAUUCUCGAGAAAGCAUCUCUGUCCAAGCAUCAGCUAUCAACUACAAAAGUAUUGAAUCUUGUCUUGGAGAAACUGAAAAUGACCAACUUGUCUCAGAGAGGACUAAUUUAGACGCUUCUGUCAAUGAUGAGCCCUCUCGUGUGGACGGUGUGACUACUGAUUUGUUGAAUCAGGAAGAGAUGAGAAGUUGUGAUGAGGAAGGAAGAGAUCCAGGCAGCACCAUAGAAGGCUUGUCUUUUAAUGAAAUUCCACCAAAGGAUGGCUUGAAAUUGCAUGCAUCACUGAACUCACCCACUAAACUUGAUUCUUCCUCUUCUUUUAAGAAGGUGGCGUUUGUCUCAAUCAAGCGUCCUAAAUUAUCCACACAGGAAGACCGGCCUCCAUUAGUUGCUACUGUUUGUGAAAAUGGCGAAACUAAAAAUGAUAAAGAGGGAGAUACACUUGUUGAUCUGCUCUCUGAUGGGAUUCCGAGGAAUAGUGUUUUUUAGACUGAAUUUGAUUUGAUUGAAUCUUUAACUUUUCAAGCUCAACUUUUCUUUUUUUUCAUUGAAGGGGGAGAAAGGUUACAACACUUACGGGAGCAUAAAUGCUACUAGGCUAUAAGCCUAUUGGUCAAAUUGUUUUGUUUUCAAACUAUAUAUUUCUAACAA